AUGAAGACAGAGGACCAUGAAGACAGAGGACCAUCAGAGGCAUUAGGAGAGAACGGGGCUUGGGAACGGCACCAUCAAGGCAUUAGGAGAGGACCAUGGAGACAGAGGACCAUGGAGACAGAGGACCAUGGAAGACAGAGGACCAUGAGACAGAGGACCAUCAGAGGCAUUAGGAGAGAACGGGGCUUGGGAACGGCACCAUCUGAGGCAUUAGGAGAGGACCAUGGAGACCAUGAGAGGACCACCAUGAAGAGACAGAGGACCAUGGAGACAGAGGACCAUGGAGACAGAGGACCAUGGAGACAUGAGACAGAGGACCAUGAAGACAGAGGACCAUCAGAGGCAUUAGGAGAGAACGGGGCUUGGGAACGGCACCAUCAGAGGCAUUAG